CUACAUAUCACGAUUCCCUGAUCGACAGCGCAGGCAUGGCCGCCGCUUCACUCGUUGCGCUGCUGCUCACCGUGCUCAUCAUACCUCUGCUCUCCUUCCUUCUGAUCGCCGCCAAGAGGUCUUCUUCUCGCCUGCAACGCGGCGAUGGACGGAGGCUGCCUCCGUCCCCGCCCGGCGGCCUGCCGCUCCUCGGCCACCUCCACCUACUGGGCCGCCUGCCGCACCGGGCGCUCGGAUCGAUGGCGGCGUCGUGCGGCCCGGUGAUGCUCCUGCGCCUCGGGCAGGUGCCCACCGUGGUGGCGUCCUCGGCGGCCGCCGCGGAGGAGGCCAUGAAGACCCGCGACCUCGCCUUCGCCAGCCGCCCCAGGCUUCUCAUGGCCGACCGCCUCUACUACGGCACCCGCGACAUGGUCUUCGCGCCGUCCGGCGAGCGGUGGCGCCAGCUGCGCCGCGUCUGCGUGUCCCGCCUCCUCAGCCCGGGCCGCGUCCUCUGCUUCCGUGCCGCCCGCGAGCAGGAGGUCGCUGCGCUGCUCGGCCGCGUCCGUGCCGCCGCCGCGGCCGACGGUGCCGCCGUGGUGAACCUGAGCGAACUCCUCAUCACCUACUCCAACGCCGUCAUCUCGCGCGCCACGUUCGGCGACGGAAGCUACGGGCUCGACGGCGACGACGGCGGAGGAGGAACGAAGCUGAGGAAGGUGUUCGGCGAGUUCGAGGAGCUGCUCGGGACGGUACCGAUGGCGGAGGUGGUGCCGUGGCUGUGGCCCGUGGACGUGGCGACGGGGCUGGAGCGGAAGGCGAGGCGCACCUCUGAGGAGAUAGAUCGGCUUCUCGAGAGGGUCAUCGCCGAUCAUCGCCGCCGGCGUCGUGGUGCGCGGCGGGUGGUCGGAGACGGAGAGGACGAUCGCAGGGACUUCGUGGACGUGCUGUUGGACUUGAGCGAGACAGAGGAAGAGGUCGGGGGAGUCCAGCUCGACACGGUCACCAUUAAAGCCACCGUCGUGGACAUGCUCGUUGCUGGCACUGACACUUCGUACUCGCUGCUGGAAUGGGCCAUGGCGGAGCUCAUCAACCACCCGACCCAGAUGCGCAAGCUCCAGGACGAGAUCCGCGCCGCCGUCGCCGGCGGCGUCACCGAGGACGACCUACCUAGGCUACCAUACCUCAAGGCCGUGAUCAAGGAGACGCUCCGGCUGCACCCGCCGGGACCUCUCCUCCUGCCCCGGGAGACCCUCGAGGACACCGAGCUGCAAAGCUACCACGUCCCGGCUCGGACGCGGGUCGUGAUCAACGCGUGGGCGAUCGGCCGGGACCCGGACACCUGGGGGGAGAACGCCGAGGACUUCAUGCCGGAGAGGUUCGCGGCGGACGGCGAGGCGGAGUACCAGAAGAUGGGGCUGGACUUCAGGUUCUUGCCGUUCGGCGCCGGGAGGAGGGGGUGCCCGGGCGUCGGGUUCGCCGUGCCGGCCAACGAGCUGGCGCUCGCGAGCUUGCUGUACCAUUUCGACUGGGAGGUUCCAGGUGGAGGGAGGCCGGCGGUGGUGGACAUGACCGAGGUGAACGGCCUCGCCGUACGUCUCAAGAAAGCUCUGCUUCUGGUUGCUAAGCCGUGGCCUCGCUGACAAACUGAUCGUGUGUUUGGCUUAGCAUACCAACACUAGUGGAUCACAAUAAGUCACGAGAUAAUUCCCUAUUUGACACGAAAAUGACCCGUUUCUUUCUUAGUCCUCAGAAAAUUUUCGUUCCCUAUUUAACAUUGAGUUCAACUUUCAUUGCUUAUAUAACACUCUGUUGGAUUUUC